CAGAAGACGACUACUGCUUAUUCAGGAUACACAGGUCCCAGUCGUCUGCUGUGGCUGUUGUUCACUCCUGUGUUUGUGCUGAUGACGUCUGUGCCGCUGAUCCUGAUCUGCAGAAAGAAGAGGACACGAAAUGACCAGGAAGAAACCUGUGAAGAAAUGAAGACGCACCAAAACAAAGAUAAGAUGUAAUCAAGAAACCUGUGGUUUAGAUGUUUGUGAGAAAAGAAGGCCUGACGUGUGCAGAGCUCACAGAAACACGCUGUGGUUGGUAUAAACUGACACAAGAUGCUCAAUUGUUCAUGUGUGACGGACAGACCGGAUGAAGAUGGCUCUGCUUCUGACUCCUCUUAUCUCUCUGAACACGUCUGUGUCCUGCAACAUGAACCCAGAGAACCGAGCUCUGCUUUUCACAAGACACAAGACAAGACUCACUUCACUUUAUUUAGUUUUGUGCUGUGUGCUGCGGACGGACUCACCACAUCACAGACGUUUAAUGUAACUGAAGGAGAAGAUAUCAUCGUCCAAUGUGAGUUUCAUGUAGAAGGAAACUGGAAGGUCUUUUGUAGAAACGAUUGCAACACAAAAGAAAACAGACUGAUUGAGACUUCAGGCUACGUCCACCAGAACGACAGAUACAGACUACAGAGCACAAAACACUGCAGUCCUCAAAUCAUCAGUGUGAAGAUCACAAAUGUGAGUCUGUAUGACUCCGGGCGCUACAGCUGUGGUUGGGAGCAGUGGUUUGGAAUAAUAAAAAUAAACUAUGAGUACAAAAACAUUUUCAUUCAAGUCCUCAGAGCACCGUCCACACCUCCUGUUCCUGCUGGUGUUGUUCCCUCUCUCCACACUCAGACCUCCUCCAGUCCUGAGCAGCAGGAGCUCAGCACCACUGCAGCCGCUGGUUUAAGCUCUUCCUCCCUGAGCUCCUCUGAGAGCUCCUCCAGUCCCUCUGAGCAGCAGCAGCACACUUCCUCUGUGUCCUCUGGUGUACUGCUGUCUGUGUGUGGGGCUGCUGGGCUGAGCCUGCUCUUACUCACUGUGUUUAUCCUUUACGCCAAAAAGAGACGCACUCACUCACAAGAAGCAGCCGAGGGCACAGAGCGAGCUCACACACAGGUGGAAGACUGUGAGGACGUCACAUACUCUGAGGUCUAUUUUAGGAGUCAACACGGCGCCCCCCAGUGUCAGACUGAGGCUGAGAUCCAGACUAAAGAGACUUCUCUGUACUAUAGUGUGGCUGAGUAUACAUACACGUAUGAAAAACAUCAGUUUAUACAUCCUGAAUAAAUACAAAAUUAUUCACAACAAACAACACAACAGCACAAACAGUG